AUGCUAGAGUCUAUCGCUGCUGGUCUUUUGAACCGCUUCCUAGGGGCCUACGUUGAGAAUUUCGAUAGCAAACAGCUAAAUGUUGGCAUCUGGAGUGGGGAUGUCAAGUUGCGAAACUUGAAAUUGAAAAAGGAGUCACUGGACGCGCUUGAUCUACCCAUUGAUGUUCAAUUUGGAUUCUUGGGAGACUUGACAUUACAGGUACCGUGGUCAAGCCUCAAGAACAAACCUGUGAAGAUUUUGAUCGAGGACGUAUACUUAUUGUGUGGUCCGCGAGAUCAAUCUUCUGAAAGUGCUUCGGAAGAUGCUGAGCGCGAACUAAGACUAAAACUUCAAAAACUGGAGGAGUUUGAAGCCUUGAGCAAGGCUCAAGCUCCAAGCAAAGACGAUCCUGCUAAUGCUGAAAGCUUUACUCAGUCGCUGGUGACUAAAGUUGUUGACAACGUCCAGGUAUCGAUAAAGAAUAUUCAUGUAAGAUAUGAAGAUAUGGAGAAUGUUUUUGCAGAAGUUCCAUAUUCCGUCGGUAUGACCCUCAGUGAGAUUUCCGUCGUCUCGACGGAUGAGAACUGGCAGCCAAGUUUCAUAUCUAUGACAAGUGCCAUUGCUCGGAAGCUUCUGACACUGAAUUCCUUAGCUGUUUAUUGGAAUGCCGACACGAAAAGUGUUUUCCAUCCAGACCAUGACGAGCUAUUCAGACGUCUUCGCAAUAGCAUAUCUAACAAAAAUACCGUUCCUAACCACCAAUUUCUACUGAGGCCAGUCACUGGUGCCGGACGUCUGGUGCUGCAUAAAGCGGGUGCUACCGAUGAGAUGCCCCAUGUGGACAUUGAACUCUUGUUCGACGAAUUCGGGUUCGAUAUCAACAACUGCCAGUAUCAAGAUAUUUUGAACACCCUUUCAAAGCUGCACUGGUAUCAGAAAACUCUCAAAUACAGGAAAUCCAGACCCACUUAUAGUGUCGCUGAAAAUCCUAGAGCAUGGGUAAAGUACGCGGCGGAGGCCGUUCUCCAGGAAGUCCACGAAAAGAAUUACAAAUGGAGCUGGGACUAUAUCAAGUGGAGAAGGGACAAAAGGAAUGAAUAUAUCAAGCUAUGGAAACUCAAACUCGCUACUGACGCGAAACAACAAGCAGCAGACGAGGAAAACGUACAAAUGCUGAAUGAGCUGCAUAAGAUGCUUUCAUUUGACGACAUCAAGCUAUUUAGAGCCCUCGCAAAGAAAUCUUACGCCACUGAGAAGCUGGAAACUAAGCAAGCGGCAUCGGACACGAAGACGCUGCAGGCUAAAUCAUCGGGGUGGUUAUCUUCUUGGUGGACGGGCAACACCUCUCAAAGUGAAAGCGGUGAUGGUUUUACUAUGACAGAAGAACAAAAGAAAGAGCUCUACGAUGCGAUCGAAUUUAGUGAAGAUGGAGAUAUUGUGAAAUCAAUUGAUCAACCUCGAGACAGAAUAACAACCAAAAUUUCAUGUCAAUUGAAUCGGGGUUCACUUUCUAUAAUUGACAAAGAUAAGGAUAUCAGAUUGGGAGAAAUGGUUUUCGAGAAAUCAGAAACAGAGUUUUAUCAGCGCACCGACUCGUUUGUUGCCUCUUUUAAACUUCAUGAGCUAAAAGUGGAAGAUGGCUCGCCGAAUACUUUAUACAAGCACAUUGUUAGCGUCAAGGAUCUGCAAUUUGAUGAUCAGAGGGACGAGCCACAGCCUGACGAGCCGUUCUUUCAGGUUGCUGUUGAAAAUAAACCACUUGACGAAUCUGCGGACAAUAAGGUUGACAUUAAGCUUCGCAGUAUGACUGUUUUCUACCAUGUUCACUUCAUCAACGAAAUCAUUGGUUUAUUUCGUCCACCACAACAACACCUGGAUACUAUCGGUGCGAUUAUGAGUGCAGCGGAAGCGACAGUUGAAAGUUGGACAACUCAAAGUAGAAUGGGUCUGGAAUCAAUAUUAGAGGAUCAUAAGACGGUAAACCUAAGUUUGGACUUACAAGCGCCAUUGUUUAUCAUACCUUUAGAUCCACAUCAAUGGGAUUCUCCAUGUGCUGUUGUAGAUGCUGGUCACAUUUCUAUAGUCAGUGAUCUAGUCCCCAAGGAGACGAUUAAAAAAUACAAAAAUUUAAGUCCUGAUGAAUACGAGAAAUUAAACACCAAUGACAUCAAAAGGUUGAUGUUUGACAGGUUCAAACUUCAUCUGACUGACACUCAGUUUCUGAUUGGACCCGACAUACGGACGACAAUUACAAAUUUGAGCUUAAGCGAAAACGAAAAUUCACUCACCAUCCUCAACAAUUUGGAGAUAGAGUUGAACGUUGAUGUUUCCAUUCUUCCUAAGGCUCUGAAUUUGCCAAAGAUUAAGGUGUACGGUAAACUACCCAUUCUUAAAGUAUGCUUGAAUGACUACCAAUACAAAAUUGUGAUGCAACUUAUUGACCGCUGCUUACCCGAUUUAGAUGAACCUAUUGUUGAAGGUAGGGAUUUAAGACCCGUAAUGGCUUGGUCCCGAAGCAGGGGUGAAAUUCCAACUAGUAAAGAGACCCGUAUGCUACGGCAGACCUUAAAUCGAAUCGAUAAAAUGACUAAGGCAGAACUUGAGCAACGACUCCUUCAGCUCAAUUUUGAUAUUGAUGUCAUUCAGCUUUUGAUUUUUAAAUGCUCAGAUGCCAAAAGUAUGAAAUCUGACUUAUUAGUUGAUUUAGUGGGUCAAAACCUGCAGCUCAGUUUCGCAAAAAGAACACAAGAUAUGAAUGUUGACUUAAGCCUUCAAUCUUUCAAAAUUGAAGAUUGUAUUAGCAGUGAUGCUCCCGCCCAUUUGAAAAAUUUGGUGUCCUCUUCAAACGAGAUCGCACCCGACUCGCCACUCUUCAGGUUGCAACUUACAAGGUCUCAGAGAAUAGUGGCAUAUCGGGGAACGCUCAUAGAAGUGUUUGAUUUAGAUAUUGGUAUAAUGAUGACUGAAUUAACCUUCAUCUUAACUCCAAAGUCUAUAUUGACUAUGCUCAACUAUACACUGACCACUUUCACUAACCCUGAUGCGCCAGAUAUGCCUGUAGAUGCUUUGAAGUUUAAUUCUCCUGAUAUGGCUGAUUCGCCUCAAAAAAUAAAUCUGCGCAUGAAUAUGGAUAAUAUCAUCGUUGUCUUAAAUGAUGAUGACGAGAAAUUAGCAACUUUCGAAUUGAGCGCGGCUAAUGUCCUGCUUUUCCUGUUGCCAGAGAAAAUGAAAAUAUCCGCCAAACUUGGUGCAAUGCAGCUAACUAACGAAAUACAUGACGUACUUCCAAUUGCUUCACCAAUGAGAAAGCUUAUCAGUAUGAAUGGCACAGAACUCGCCGAGCUAACAUAUGAAACUCAUGGCCAUUCAGACGAGAAACUAAACUACAGCUCAGAGUUUGGGUUCAAAACUGGUUCGAUUGAUGUAAAUUUCCAGGACCACGCAGUGAACCGCAUCAUUAACUUCUUUGCUAAAUUUCAAAAAAUGAAAGUUUUAUUUGAUGAUGCUCGAGAGGCUGCUUACACUCAAGCUACAAAGAUUGAUUCGGUGGAUAACGUCAAGCUCGAUAUCUCAAUCAAAGCACCUGUCAUUUCGUUCCCAAAGCUCAUUGACCCGAGAAACAAUACUUACGAUCAUGUCUCGUUCUUUCUAGGUGAGCUGUCAGUUCAAAACACAUUCUCUAGGCGUGACAGCUACUUGAUCAAUCACAUUAAGGCUGGUAUAAGAUCUGGCAGUCUGACUUCAUUGUUUCAUCUAGAGCAUGGGAUUAACCAAGAAUUGAACCUCAUUGAGAAUCUAGAUAUUCAUUUUGAUAUCGAUCAUCACCAGGGAGGUGCAAAUGAAGCCCCUAAACUAGUGGUAAAGGGUAUGUUUGAGCCGCUUCGUGCUAAGCUGACGGAACUUCAAUUACAGUAUCUUUAUGUGCUAUCACAGAACUUACCAAAUGCUUUUAUUGUUGACUAUGACGAGGACUUUAAUGAAGUUCAAAAUGCUGCCCUCUUUGCUAAUACUAUUGUCUCAUCCGAGAGCAGUAGGGAAGUUCCAUCCAAGGCCCCAUCAGAAUCACAAGUAACCGAAUCGUCCCAGUCGUCUCGAUCAAUGGAGGUGUUUUUCGAAUUCUGCGCGCCACAAAUUUCUCUAACCGUGUACAACCAAACCAGUUCAGUCUUGGAUAUUGCUAACAAAGGAAUAACGUGCGUCAGUCUUCAUGACAUGGGGCUAACUUUGCACGUCGAUGAGGGUGCAGGUAUCGAAGCCGAAACACAUAUAUCCUCAUUCACUGUUGACGAUAUCAGGGAAACAAAACGCAAUCAGUACACUGAUAUAAUACCAAAAGCCAACCAUGAUAGCUACCAAUUUAUGGCAUCCUUCAAGCGAGAAAAGUCUGAGACCAGUAACGUUGACAAUGUGAAUGUAACUGUCGACAGUCCGCGAGUAAUCUUAGCCCUAGAUUAUUUAUUUGCGUUAAAGGCAUUCAUGGAUGCGUCAAUCAACCUAAAGCCAGCGGCUAGGCUGUUAACCGCAGCAGAGGAGCAGAAUAACAAUCAGCUGAUUGAUGAAUAUCCCUCGAAGUUACAAAACAAGCUUAAUUACUCAGUUAACGUCAUCGACAGUUCCCUUAUUUUACUGUCAGAUCCAUCUGAUAGUAAUACGGAAGCUAUUGUAUUCAACGUUGGGCAGUUGCUUUUAGCGGAGCAAAACGUCACCAGUGCCAACGCCAAUAACGUGGGGAUGUUCUUGUGCAAAAUGGACUCUUUUGAUAAAAAUCGUAUUCGUUUGUUAGAUGAUUUUUCUACAUCUAUUAUGAUUGAUAGGAGGAAUGCAACCUUGGAAAGAUUGCUGACUCAUAUGCAGAUUUCGGUUGGGCCACUUAUCUUGAGGCUUUCGCUAAGAGAUAUUAGACUGGCGAUGGCAAUAUUCAACAAAGCGAUGGCUCUUGCCAAAGAGCAUGGAUUUUCGGAAGACGUAAAGUCGAAUGACGAUGAGGGGAACUAUGGGGCAUUUUCAAAGGAAUUUAGAAAAACUCUGGCAAGGUAUGCUCCAAGUUUGGUCUCCUCCGCAAGUAAUCGGUCGACAGAUGAUCGGCAUUCGCAUAAUCAAUACAGCACGAUAGUUAGAGACGAGAAACUAGAAGCAGAUUUGGAGGGACUGAGAUUGGUCUUGAUUGGUGAUGUUCACGAAUUGCCCAUCAUUGAUAUGUGUGUCAAACCAUUUACAGUGUCAGCAAAAGACUGGUCUGAAAAUAUUGAAGUGCUAGUGUCAUUGGAAACUUACGCAAAUAUUUUCAACUACUCUCGAUCUAGUUGGGAACCGCUACUUGAGACGGUUCCUUUAUCAUUCCACCUAUCAAAAGGAUUUGGAGAUGAUGCGGCGAUGUAUUUUGAUGUGGUUUCACGUAAAUUGGCAGAGAUCUCUCUCUCAUCUCGAACAAUAGCUCUACUUUCUCAAAUUCCGAAUUCGAUAUACCAGAAGGAAGAUACUGAAGCGAGGGGUGCAACCAAACCGUACACGAUUUUCAAUGACUCUGGAUUAGACUUGCAAAUUUGGGUUCCUGGUAAAGAAUCCAAAGAAAGGAAUCGACAAACUCUUUUGAAGAAGGGAACUCAAGUGUCUUGGGAGUUUGAAGACUGGAGGAAAGUAAGGGAAAACCUGGACACAGAUGAUGCUAUGAAUAUUUUAGGUGUGAGUAUUUUGGGGGAAGUGUACCAAACAUCUUUUAAGAUAGAUGCGACUUCCGAGGGUGAAGAUGUUUUUACUUUGCAUCCCGCAAUCGAAGGCGUUCAUACCAGGUUGGCCUGCGAACUCAAGCUGUGUGAAGACAACGUUAAGCUCGUUACUAUCAGAUCAACUCUAGUUCUUGAGAAUGCGACGGCUGCAAAUUUAUACUUCAAGCUUUCUGACUAUGAGUCUGAUGUUUGGGUCAUUAAACCGGGUGAAUUGAGGUCGGUCUCUGCGCAACUGGCCUAUGGCUCGCGUUUUUAUUUGAAACCUGAAGGUGAUUACGAAUGGUCAAAAGAUACUAUAGCAUGGAAAAAUUUGCUAUCAAAUCCUUUGUCAAUUGCUUGUUACUCUAAAACGGAUGAUACUCCAUUUUAUUAUGAAGUUGAUGCUAGGUAUGAUAUCAAUGAGCCCCUUGCCAGGAUAUAUCCUCAUAUGAAGGUGGUGAUAUCAUCCCCUCUAGUUCUGGAGAACCUCUUGCCUUACUCCAUGAAAUACAAAUUGUUCUGGAAAUCGGAUGGAGCGCAUCGUCAAGGCGGUAAAUGUGAAACUUCACUCCAUACUUUAGAACGCGGAAAGCGCGUCUUGAUCCACAGCGUUACGCUAAGUGACUACUUGCUCUUAUCGUUACAACCACUCGAUGAUGGGCUAAAAAUGUCCGAGCAAGUCCUGAUCAAUACUAAGCCUGGGUCCGAGUUGACGCCCGAAAGCAAAGUUCCUUUACGGUACGAUAAUGGGCAAAAGCUAGACCUAAAACUUCAUUAUCAAAAUCUGGAAGGCUCUAGAGCAAAGGUAAUCAGUGUCUUUGCACCUUACAUUAUAUUCAAUGGAACUGAUCGUGAUUUACAGGUGGAAGGAGAUAAACACAAUGUGGCUUUUUCGAAAAUUCUAUUAAAGCCUGACGGCACUACAAGGUACACUACACCUAUGAUGUUCUCUUUUGAACGUGAUCGCUCUAACAAGAACAGAGCUCGACUCAAAUUCAAAGACUCCGAGUGGAGUAUUCAAACAUCUUUUGAUGCAAUUGGACAGUCUGUCGAUCUAGCCGUAAAUAUACCGAACAGAAACCAGGAAAGCAACGUUGGGAUAGCAGUCUCUGAGGGCAGUGGCAAGUAUUCCAUGAGUAAAAUCGUUAAAAUUUUGCCACGUUACAUUUUGAGGAACAGCUUGGACGUCGACUUAGAAAUCAGUGAAUUUGGCUCCAGCUCCGUGGUCAGGGCAAACUCUAAUGUUUCGUUUCCCCUUUACAAGAUGAGGAAUGUUGUCAACAAGCAUUUGAGUAUCAAGUUUCUAGGGUCCCAGUCUGAGUGGUCAUCUCCUUUUAUGAUCAAAGAUAUUGGAUCAAAUUAUGUUAAGGUUCUGAAAGACGGAAGUGGCCAUAAACUUUUGAAAUUGAACGUUGUUCUCGAAGACUCAACAAUUUUCAUUGACAUUGCUGAAGCCCAUGGUGACUGGCCAUACUCGAUUAGGAACUUCAGUGAUCAUGAAUUCAUUUUCUACCAGCGCGAUCCUCACACUUUUGAUAGCGACGAAGAUUAUGACCUAUAUGAUGACCUAAGCGAUAUGAAAUACGAGCCCUUAUAUUACAGGGUUCCCCCCAGGAGUGCUAUGUCUUAUGCUUGGGACUACCCUGCUGCAAGGCAAAAGAAGUUAGUUUUAGUCUCAAGGCAACAUAAGAGGGAAGUUCAAUUAGCGGAAAUUGGUAAUUUGAGACCUAUGCGGCUUUCUGGGCGUACGUCAGCAGAAGCUGUCUCGAUUGUUGACUUGAAUGUAGUUGCUGAUGGUCCGACUCAAGCAUUAGUGAUCACAAACUACAAACCUGAAAACAGUUUGUAUAAAUUGAAAUCAGGGCAAGUGACCAGUUCAUCUUUGGGCUCCGAAAAGGGAGACAAAUUUGAGGUAAGAGAAGAUGAUCAAAAUAUUUUCACAAAAGUUAUCGUCUCUCUGGAGGGUUUGGGCAUCUCUCUCAUCAACACUCGAUUACAAGAAUUGUGUUAUAUUACCUUGAGCGGUUUGGAACUAAGGUAUAACGAGUCCGACCUCUAUCAAACCAUCAGCUUAAAAUUAAAGUGGAUGCAAAUUGAUAACCAACUUUUUGGUGGUAUAUUCCCCAACAUUUUGUAUCCCACGGCUAUUCAAAAGAACCUCAAAGAGCUCAACAACCAUCCCCUUCUUUCCGGUUCAAUUUCCAAAGUCAAGGAUGACACACAUGGUGUCUUGUACCUGAAGCACGCUACUCUUCUACUCCAAGAACUGACCAUACAGCUGGAUGAGGAUUUUUUGUUUGCCCUCAUCGAUUUUGCUAAGGUUCCUGGUGCUUCAUGGCUCAUUGACUUAAAGGAAGAGUUGCAGACUGAGUUUUAUAUGCUACCUUAUCCAAGUGAACUGCAAAGGAAUCACGACAUCUACUUUGAAGUAUUUCAUUUGCAACCUACCAUGCUUCAUCUCUCCUUCGUUCGGACAGAGCACCUAAAUGCGGAAAGCGAUAAGGUGGCUCCUCAGAACACUUUAAUGUUUUUUGCAAAUGUGUUGACGAUGGCGCUGGGAAAUAUAAAUGAUGCGCCCAUCAAACUUAACUCAUUAUUUCUGGACAAUGUUAAGGUGCCGGUGCCCAUGUUGAUGAAUGCUAUCCAAACGCACUAUGGUCAGCAAUUCUUUUAUCAAAUCCAUAAAAUUUUGGGCUCCGCAGACUUCUUGGGAAAUCCUGUAGGCUUAUUCAACAAUAUCAGCUCUGGUGUAUGGGAUAUUUUUUACGAGCCUUAUCAAGGCUAUAUGUUGAAUGAUAGACCUCAAGAACUUGGUAUAAGUAUUGCUAAAGGUGGACUCAGCUUCGUUAAAAAGUCAGUAUUUGGGCUUUCAGAUAGCUUUGCCCGACUAACUGGCUCUGUCGCUAAGGGGCUGUCCGUCGCCACUCAAGACAUGGAGUUUCAGGAACGCCGUCGACUCGAGCAGCGCAAGGCAAAGCAUAGUAAUAGCAUCAAUGGAUUUGGCUCCGGUGCUACAUCGUUCGUCAACGGGGUGACUAGUGGUUUGAGAGGUGUAGCCUAUGAUCCGUAUUCUGGCGCCUCAAGAGAAGGUGUCCCCGGAUUUCUGAAGGGUAUAGGCAAGGGCUUGGUCGGAUUACCCACCAAAACGGCAAUCGGUGUCUUGGAUCUCGCCAGUAAUGUGAGCGAAGGUAUAAGAAAUACUACCACAGUUAUGGAUCCUUUAUCAGCAAACCGGAUCCGUCUUCCCAGAUACGUUGGGUUCGACAAAAUAAUCAAACCUUUCAGUUUGCGUGAGUCCCAAGGCCAGUUUUGGCUCAAGAGUGCCAAUGGUGGUGAGUGCAUUGCAGAUAAGUACCUUGCCCAUGUUGUUCUACCCGGUAAGCAGCUCGCCGUUAUCGUAUCCCUUUCACAUGUUGUUGAGGUGCGGCUGUCAAACAUGGAGAUUAUGUGGAAGGUCCGUUAUACUGAUGUGCGCUCCAUGACGUUAGAAAGAGUGGGUUUGGUGAUAACCUUGAAGAAUGCUUCCACGGAACUAUUUGUUCCUAUCUCGGAUCCGGAGGAAAAACGCUUUCUAUACAAAAACAUUUCCAUUGCGGUUAACGAAUAUAACAAAUACUGCCAAGCAGAGUUAUGA